CUUUUUUCACGUCUCAAAUAUGAAAUAAUUAACUUUUUAAUUUUUAUUAUUAAUAAUAUACUGUCGGGUGUCAGUUGUGUUCCACAAUCACAAACUUUUUUUAUCGUUAUUUUUCACCCGUGAUUUCAAACUCUCUGUGGAAAAUAAUUAAUAUCAAUCAAACCUUUCAAUUUUAUACACAAAAUUAAUUAUUUCAAUUUAAAAAUGCAUAACAAGAAAAUGUAACAAUUUUGUAUCCUACUGGUGAGAUGUGCAUUUCUACUUAUAUAGCAUUGUCUAUGUUUAAUAAUAUGAUUAAGAUUUUUACAUUUUGUUUUUGAAAUUUGUUCAGCAUUAUUAGCAAAAGCUGUUAAAAAAUUAAUAUAAAAUAAUUACAUUAAGAUUUCUGUAAGAAAACUAAAUUCAUUAUUUAUUUAAUACAACGAUUAACAUGUAGAUUAAUCCCUAGAUAAUUGUUAGUUUUUGUUUUUUUAGUUAAUUCAACAUCAAAUUAACAAGAUAAUAAUAUAAGUCAAGAUGCCGUUAAUUCAACUAGACGUAAAAAUGUUACCAAUGAAAGUGCAUUACUUUUUGUUUUUGGGAGGUAAGUGAUUAUUAUACCGUAUUUUCAUAAUCUUUUAAAUUACUUUAUACCUGUAUAAUUUUUAAUGAUAACUUUUAGGUAUUUACCUUAAUUUCCUAAUUUUUGGUUCGCAUAAGUAACAUAAUAUGUAUAAUACAUAACCCAAUAUUUAAUUAUGUCACAUACUCUAGUAUAUAGGUAAGUUAUUUACCUAAUUAGAAGGGGAUCGUAUUAUUGAGUACCUAUUCCACAUUGAAUUUAUUUUAGGAUGGUAUCAAAUUGUUUAUUUAAGAACUCCUACUUUUAUUUUUAUAUUUUUUUUGAGUAUAAAAUAAAUAUAUUAUGAAAACAUUAGACGAGUUGGUUAAAAGGACAUAAGUUAUAAGUAUUCAAUUGUUAUUUAUAAUAAAAAAUCACAUUUGAUAAAUUGUAGAGCUCAGAAGUACUUAAUUUUUCUCUUGCCAUUUUUAGUUUUACAAUUUUUAUACAGUUUUCAUGUUUGAAGUAAAACUGGUUGAAAAUAAACUAUUUCUAUCCAGACAGUUGUUAAUCUUUUUAGUUUUGAAUUCUUCUUUACUUAAUUCAUAAACUUUAAUACAUUUUAUAUAUGUUUGUGAAAACAAAAUAUUUUAUGAAAAACUAUUCACAUUUGUAUACAAAUUAUACUUCUAAAUUUGCAAAUAAUAUAACUUGCAUAGUUAAAAAAAAAUAUACAUGUAUUUUUUUAUCAAGUAAAUGUUAUUAAGUAUAUCAAAUAAUUUUUUAAAUUUCAAUAUCACUUAACUAUCUUCUUACCACUUGAUGGUUUAACCUUUAAGUAUUUCAAACAAAAUACAUUUUUGUUUUUUAUAUUAUACACUUGAUUUUAAGUACUUUCGAUUUAAAAAAAAGUAUAGUUAUUGAAAUAUUCAGGUACUUAUAAUCUGAAAUUGUUUUUAAAUGGUGAAAAUGUAUCAUUGCUGAAUUAUGAAAAGUCAACAAAGGCAUAGCAUUAUGCUUUUAGUUUCACAAAUAUUUAAACAAUGUCAGAUAAAAAAAAAAGAAAUUCUUACCAAUCAUAAUAUAUUUCACAAUAAUAAAAAAUUAUUAAACUAAACAAGUUGUGUUGAAAUAUUUAUAUCAGUUUUAUUUUAUUAUUUUCUAUAAACAUGCAUGGUGUGAAACAGAGUGGUCCUACCUUUUGUAGUUAGCGGGCCAAUUUACACUUUCAUAAAAACACCGAGGGUCACCACCACAAAAAAAAAAAAAAAUGAUAUUAUUUAUUACAAACAUAUUUAAUGCACAAAUUAUUACAUUACAGACUAAUACUAACAUAUAAUUAUGAUGAUUAGGUUAUUUAUAUUUAGAAUUGAAAAACAGCAAUUGUGAAUAAUAUUCAUGCCAUUCAGGAAAACUUGCAGUCGUUAUUACUAGAUAAGGCGAUAAGACAGACUUCUGCGAUCUUAUACGUCAUAUUACAAUUUUGUUAUUGUAUUAUUGUGAUUUUUUUAAAUACAAGUCUUCUAGUGUGGGGAAGGGGGGAGCAAAAAAAGGCUUCAUGGUUUGCACGUGGACCACGAACCACGGUUAGACCACCCUGGUGUACAAUACAUAAAAUUAAAAUGAUUAUUAGAAUAAUGAUGCCACAAUGGAACAAUGUAUAAAAAAAACAAAUAAGCAUACUUUGUACAAUGAGUGGGCUAUUGUUUUAGAUGAUAGGGUAGAAGGGAAUGAAAAACGAUGUGGAGUAAAGUUCAACGAGACAUAUUUUGAAGUGUCUUAAUUUUUACGGUUCUGUCAAAAUUUGAUCUUAAAACGAUAAUGAAAGAAAAAAAACAUUACCCUCAAAUUUAUCUUUUAGACCACUAACUUAUAAUGUACUUAUAAUUUUAUUAACAGAUACCUAUCAAAUAUAAAUACAUUUAAAAACACACAAAUAUCAAUUACUUAUAAUUAGUCUACAAAGUGGUAGAAUGUUUAGGAAAUAUUACCACAUUUACAAAAGGCCAAUCUAAGUAUUUUGUGAAAACUACAGGUACUACUACAACUACCAUAUUUUCCAAGUUUUUCAUAAUUAUUAGGAAAACUAUACGAAAAACCUAAUAAUUUUUUUACUUACAAACUAGAUAAAAUUCUUUUAGAAAAUAUGCCGUUGAAAUUUAGAUACAAAAUUUCUGGUUGACAAUUGUAAUUUGAAAAAAAAAUCAUAUUUUGGGUUUUCUCAACUAUUAUAAAAAUUAUUUUAGAUCUCAAAAACGCUUUGUCCGGUGUUGGCUGAAUAUUAAAUUGAUUUUGUUAUUUUUCUUUAUUUUAAUUGAAGCAAUACUUCAGGUAGAAACUAUGUUCAAAAAAUUAAAAAACAAUGAAAUUGGUAACGCUAGUGUGUCGUAAAUACUUGUAGUUUUUCCCAAUUAUUUUGAAAAUUCUUUGGAAUAUUAAUAAACGCCUUCUCUUAAGCAUCAACUAGAGAAAAUUUCCCUUCAGAAUAGGUAUUAAACUCUAUACAUCAGAAGUUGUUUACAGACAGAAAAUAAGAAACUACACAUAGUAAAACUAGUAAAUCCCUUGUUACACUGUGAAUCAAAACAGUAAUAAAUAUAAUUUUUUUUUUUAAGAAUAUAUAUAUAUAUAUACAACUGUAUCAUAAUAGAUAUAAAUGGCUAAGAGGUUAAUUCACAAUGUUUAAGUACCAAAGUCAAAUGUUCAAUGAACGAAUAAUAAGUAACAAUAUAUGCAUUCAAACAAUUAAAACUCAGUAAAUACCAUCUGGUUGAUUAAUAAUUAUUCAUAAAAUCAAACUGUUUUAAUUAUUUGUCUGCUGAUCACUGAUUAUAUAAUUUUAAUUAUAAUACAUUUUUUACAUAAAUAAAAAAGUUUUGUAUGACAGGAAUUUAUUUUCUAUUGAUAUAAAUGAGGAAAAAACCAAUAAUUAUUAUGUAAAAUACUUAAAACAAUAGAGUAUAUUUGAAAUUAAUUCCAAUACAUUUUUCAGUAUAAUAUGCUCUCGGUAAAAAUAGAGUUAUUCAUCAACUAAAGGGCGAAAACUGCCAUCUUUAGACCAAACAUAUCUUAAAAUUAUUUUGAAUUGUGCCAUUUCAUGUCCAAAAAGUUUCUGAAAAUAAAAUAAAAUAGUAUCAAUAAUAAUAUGUAGGUAUUUUAUAAUCAGUUAAAAUUAAUUUACAAGUAAUCUAGAUUGUUCGGGUGUGAGAAUGGCUCCUUCUUUACAUAUUGUAUGAUCUUUUAGAACUUGAAUGAUACCGCGCUGUAAACUUGUUGGCAAACCAAGUUGUCUUAGUGCAGGUUCCAUCGAAUGAAUAAACGUGUCUGGUAGAGGUCCUUCAUUCAAUGUUACUGUAUAAGCGGCUUUGGUACCUGCCCUGGGAAAUUCUGGUUCUGAAUAAUUAUCAAACCACCUAAACAUUGUUUAUAUUAUAUUAUUAAAUACUAAAAAGAAAAUACUCAAAAUACAAUAAAAAAAUAUCUUACUUAAUAACAUCAUCAACUGGUUUGUUUGUAAAUAAUAAUCCACAUUGGCCUUCAAUUUUUGUAGCCAAUUUAUGCAAAUUAUUUUGAAUUUCCUCUUGGGCUGAUUUUCCAAGAGCAUACGCCAUCACUUUAUUUUUACCAAAAAAAAAUCUAAAAAAAAUAAAUAUGCAAUAUUUAAAAAUAAUUUUACCUAGAUAUUGCAUAAAUACUAGACUAUUGUUUAUACAUUUGGAUCGAAAAUUACCUACUAUCCUUCCAUUCAUUUCGAACAUUUUUUAAUUUUCCAUUUCUCAUAUUAUCUGUAUAGAAGACAAAUAUAUGUUCAUAUUUAUCGACAGCUUCACGAAGAUUUUCCAUUAUAGAUUGCUUUAAUUUAGAACCCAAUUUGGUUGUCUUGGUUAAUGAAACUAAAAUUUAAAAUAGAUUAUUAAUAUAUAAUUUGACACAAAUUGUACUGUUUGUAGAAGAUAAAUUGAUUUAACACAAAUUGAUAGAUAAAUUGUUGAUAGAUUAUUGAAUUUGUAUUUAGGCAAUCAGGAUAAAUAUAUAUUUUUUUGAAUAUUUAAAUCAUAAUUUUCUCAAACUAGGUAGGCAUUAGACUCUAUCUCAUAAAUAUAAAUAAACUGUUUAUAGGUAAAUUGAUGACUUUGAUUUCUCCAUUUUAAAAGAAUUACUUACUUUUUUUAUCUCUCUUUGAUCUAGGCAUGGUUCUGAUUUACUUUCAAAUACAGCUUAAGGAAAAAUGAAACUCAAACACAGUUUCAAAAUAAAUAUUUAAAUAUCUAGUUUUAAAUUAAGCACUUCAAUAUAUUGAAUUAUGAAAAGGUUUGUUAUGGUUAAGUGAUAACAUAACCUUAAAUUGUUAUCCAAGUACAUGUGGAUGGAGUACGAUAAACUAUCGAUGGCGAUUGUUGAGUUAUUUUUUAAAAUUUUUAACAACUAUUAUCAUUUUAUCAAUUCAUUAUCUAUAUUACCUCAGACCUAUGGAUAGAGCUAUUGAUUAAAUAUUUAAAGUAUAUUUAACUAAUGGGAGUUGGGACAAAUGCGCGUGCGUAAAAUUGAUAUCACACGCAAUUGAUCGAAUUCACGUAAUUACGUGUGACGUACCUACCAUCACUGCCUGGUGAUAUACGAUUUAUACGAUAAAUAUGCGACGAGUACUGAUACGGAUGCGCAAUGUACAUCAGUCCCUUAGCACUCGUUAAUAAUGAUGUCUUCAACUCGUAAUACGCGUUAAUCAUGCAGUAGCUCUAUCCAUAGUAUAUGAUCUAAGUAUAUUACUAUCACAGUAUCACGGCAUCACGGUUCUAUCUAUAACCGUGAUUAUUAUAUUACUCUGACCAGUGACCAUAGAUGUAAAAAAAAAAUUAACUCAACACUCAAGAGUCAACGUAGUUAUAUUAUCUAAAUAUAACUACCAUGUAUUAGUUGUAUGUUUGUAUUUUUCUAACGUUUCUGUGAUUUUGACACUGUUUAGAUUCCAAGUGUAGCAAAUAAUGUAGUGGUUUUACAAAGAUUUUUUAUUGUGUACAAAAAUUCUGCUAAAAAUCUUGCUCCGAUAUAUCAAAAACAGCAGUUUUUUUUCUGAAACGGAAUUUUCCUGGAGUGUUACUUUAAGGAGUCAUUUAUUAUUUUUCCAGGAGUUUUCCCAAUAAAUUGGAAAACCAGAAAAUGUUCGAAAAUAAUGCUUUUAUUAUUUUCAAUUUUAAUUUUGUGAAAAAUAUUUGUAGACUUGCAAUUUUAACUGAAACUUUAUAUUUUUAUAUUCUAUACUUUAAACUUUAUAUUUUCAAAACAUUUGUGCCAUUUUUGAACUAAUUAUAAACAUUUUAAUUUGGCGAGUUUUUUUUUACGAAAUAGGUAUUUAUUCGGUAGCACUCUAUAAAUACAAUUGUUAGACCAAACAGAAAUGCUUGAGGUUCAUUAUCAGUUGUACUUAGUAGUUAACAAGAAAAAGUUAAGUUUAAUGUAAUAUUAUAUUUUUUUUUCAAUAAAAAUUUUAAUAUCGAAUUUUGACGAAAAUCGUAAAUAUUAUGCCUUUUAAACAUAUAUAACCAAACAACUCUUAGAAUCGUUUUUCAUUAAUUAAUCGUUGAGUACAGAUAUAUAUUAAAUUCUCCUUUAUAUCCCACCUUCCCAACUUCUCACUUACAGAAGUUGCAACAUUUUUAAAAGUGGUUUAUUAACAAAAAAUCCGAUUUGAUGACAAUUUUAAAUUCAUUUUUUCUUAAAUUUUUUUUUUAAAUAGCCAUUGUUUUACCUGUACAGUUUUUUGUAGUAUGUUUAAAAACAAUUUGAGUUGUAGCUUGUUAAAUUCUUGAUUAUCUUGAAAUUUAAAAUAAAGUACCACAGAGAUUGCAUUCAUCUUAAUCAAACUUUAUUAUAAUUAAAUCAAAAUGCUCUUACUUUGUAGAUUUAUAGGUUUUUAUUAUACCAAUAAUUUGUUUUCAAAUUGUAUUAACUAACAUAAAAACACAUUUUAAAAAAUAUUAAUGAUUAGAUGUCGAGAUCUUCAUGGAAACAUAAAUAAUAAAUUUUGUAGUUUCUAAAAUCCAAUUUUUGCAUCAUUUUAAUGUUUCUUUUAAAUACUAUCUUGUAGUUUUAAUUAAAAUCUAUAUUUUUAAGAUUCUAACAUAUAACAAUUCAAAAAUUUUGUUAAUAAUAACUCCAUGUUUUAACAAUUAGUUAAAUAUUUAAAUAGUGGUGUUAUUUGAUAGAUUUUAUCAAAUAAAUUAUAAUUUAUUUUAUUCAUUGUUUUAUUUGUUAUUCAUAUCUGUAUGUGAACUGUUUGAAUGAAAUUAAAAUAAGAUGUUAAAUUUGUUAUACCUAUAUAAUACAUUUUGGGAUAAUAUGUAUUUGGAUUUAAUAAUUUUCACUAUAUAUUUUUUUAGAAUAUUGAUAUUUCCUAAGUUUUUUCCAUUAUACUUGCAUACUUAUUUCAUACAUUGCUAAUAUUUGAAUAUUUUAAUUAAAUUCUGUAUACUAUUUUGCUAACAUAACGUUUUAAUAAUUAUCUACUUAUAGUUAUUUUUGAUUUUAUUUUCAGGUGUUGCCCCUAUGACAUCAUUUUUACCAACCAUAGCCAAACAGUUGGGCUAUUCUGCAAUGGUUGUGGGUGUUAUUUUUGGUAUUUUACCGAUUUUAAGUUUAAUAACUAAACCUAUUGUUGGUGCGAUUGUUGACCAAUUUCGGGUUAAGAAAACAAUAUUUUUAUCUUUCAUAUUAUUAGCCAGUUUUACUGCAUUUGCUCUAUUGUUUGUUCCUGAUAUACCUUUGCAAAAUACAAUAGAAUUAAACUGUCAUGAUGUAACAUAUUUAAACUUUUGUCCUAAAAACAACCAACCUUUGUCAAAAUGUGAAGCUGAUCGAGUUAUGGCCAAUUUGAAUAAAGGUUUAAUUGGAUGUGAAGUAAAUAUUAAUAAUUCUAUUUUAAAUGUAUCCAUUGUAAUUGAUUGAUUUUAUUAAUUUUAAAUUAUUAUUUUUAGCUAAACUGUGAUAACAGUGAUAAUUUUCGAAAUGAGCUGUGCAAAAAUUGGAAAUUUAAUGAGUAUUGCCCUGUACCUAAUACAUCUAACAACAUUGAUUUUAGUGAACCAAACAAUUUACAAAAUGUGAUUUCCAAGGGAAACAAGAAAUACUAUAAUGAUGAUCAUGUUUACUUAUUUGCUGACAUACUAAUGAAUCAUACUGAUCAUGUAAAUUAAUACUAUUAUAUGUUUUUUCUAAAGAUAUUUACUGUGCUAUAUUACAUUUUAUUAAUACUCAUUAUUAUGUAUAGAUUAGUAAUUGUUUUUACUUCAGAAUAUCCUACGCUCGAUUCUAUUUUAAUAGUUCUGAAACAAUAAAUCACACGCCAGUCUGCAUGCAACCGAUAAAAUCACAAUGCCAAAUUCAAUGCUCUAGUGAACUAAUUACGGAUUUAAUGACAUCUCUAACAUAUAAUGGAAGUGUCUUAGAAUUAAGUCAAUUCUGGAUAUUUUUUCUACUUAUCAGUUUGUUUUGGAUUAGUCAAGCUGCUAUUUAUAGCCUUAGUGAUUCUAUUUGUUUUGAUCAACUUGGUAAGAAUUUUUUUAAAUAAUAUUUUAAUGGAAUACAAUAAUGUAUUUAUUUAAUAGGUAACAAGCCUAAUCUUUAUGGCAAACAAAGAUGUUGGGGUGCUGUUGGAUGGGGUGUUUUUUCUAUAUUUGCUGGAUGGAUAGUAGAUAUCUUUAGUUCCAGCGAAGUAAAUAAAAAUUAUUUACCAAUACACUAUUUAUGUUUAGUGACAUUACUUUGCAACUUUUUCACUUCAUCAAAACUUAAGGUAAUUUUUUUCUUAAUUUGAAUUUUUAAAUUUAUAUUUAUAUAAAUUUCAUUUAAUAGAUUCCUGAAACAAAAAUAUCAACAAAUAUUUGUAAAGAUAUUGGAAAACUGUUGUUGGAAGUUAAGGUAAUAGGAUUUCUUAUUUGGGCAGUAAUAUUUGGUAUUUGUACAUCAAUGAUUUGGAAUUUUCUUUUUUGGUAAGUUUACAUACAUAUUAGGAUGGACCAAAAAAAAAAAAUGUUUAUAUUCAAUUGCUUUGCUCAAUUAGUAUGUUGUUUCUGAGGGUAUAUAACAGUUUAUAAGUAUAGGUUUCACUCAAUUCCAAAAGAAAAAUAGUUGAGAAAAACUAUGAUGAAGUAAUAACAAUCAAUACCAAUAAUAUAAAAGUUGAGAAAAACUAAGAAUAAGUACUAAAAAUUAAUGAACAUGUACAAUUACAACAAUAAAUAAAUUUAAGACAAUUUAGAAAUAAACUGAGAUUAUUAAUAAUAUUAAAUUAAUUAAUUUUUAAUUUGAAAUAUGUAAAUUUAAAUUUUGACAGAUUCUUUUUUUGAUAAAAAAUUUUGUUGCAUGUGGAACAUUCAUCCUAUGCAACUUUACAACCUGCAACAUGUUGUUUUUGUUUUUCUUCUUUAUAGAGUUAAAUUUUUGAGCCAUGUCAACACCCCUCUCUGUAAAAUUAUUCACCACCACCCAACAUUGAACAAUCUCUCGAGCUUUGGUGAACUCAGAAUUACCAUUCCACAUAUUUGGAUCUUCUUUGAAUAAUUCCAGUCGGAUAAUUUUUUUUUUGCAAUCAUUUACUUUUCCAGCUGAAUGCGAUCGGGGAAAUCAACAGUAUGACUAUUUUUUAUUUUAUUUCCAAGUGAAAUAUGGGAAUUGAAAAAUGAUAAUCCUGAUAACCAUUCACUGAAAUUCUAUUACUGUCCUGAACAUUUUUUAACGCCACUUCUCCUAUUUUUUUUAUUAAUACUAUUAUAUUGCAUUAGUAUUUAUUAUCAUUAUUAUUUCUUUUAGCUCUAAGUGGGGUCCUGUAACACUGGACUGCACACUGUAGUUGCAAAUUAAUAAAUUAUUGUUUUUAAUUUAUCUCAAUUUUUUUCUCAAGUUUAUAAGUUAUUUUUUUCGUUUUCAAAUUUAGAAAAAUUUGGCAAAUACAUAUAUAGCUCAUUUAGUAAAUUUUAUGAGGAAUGUGUUAAAAAUAGUUUAAACCCCUACAAAAAAUAUUUUGGAGUUUUAUUAAAGGUUGGUUUUUUAAUAAUUAUUGAAAGUGUCGGUUUCCAACAUUUAAGAAUUUGUUAAUAAUUGUUCUUUUUAUAUAAAAAAAAAAAAAUAUAGAUAUAUAAAUCUAUUCAUGCUCUUUAUUUUUUAUAAAAACAAAUUGUUGAAAAAAUUAUUGUUCAAUACUUAAAAUAAUUAAAAACUAAAAAAACAACAUUUUUUUCAUAUAAGGGCUGCUUUUCAACCUCUAAAUAUCAUCCAAAAAUUAUGAAAAAAUUUGAAAAAUUGUUAUAUAUCUUCAAAAAUAACAUACUAUAACAACACAUAGAAAUCAAACAAAAAAAAAAUUUUUUGGUUCACCCUAGUACUCAUGUUUGAAUUAAACCUUAUUAUAAAUUGUUAGUAAAAUAAAAUAGUCCUAACCGGUUUUUAAUAUAAUAUAUUUAUAUUGUAUUUUAGGUAUGUAGAAGAUGUAGCUUCGAUGUAUGAAUGCAGCACUCAAGGUUGGAUUAAAACAUUACAAGGCUUAAUAAUGGGCGUCCAGUGUUUUGGCGGUGAAGUGCCAUUUUUUUUCUGGUCGGGUCCUAUAAUAAAACGUUUAGGUCACUUGAACUGUAUGUCUCUUGUUCUGGGAGUUUUUGCUCUCAGAUUUUUCGCCUACUCAAUUUUAACAGAACCAAUAUGGGUACUCUUUAUUGAGCUAUCUAAUGGAAUUACUUUUGGGUUAGGGUACGCUGUACUCAUGUCAUAUGCUAGUGUUAUAGCGUUACCGGGAACUGAAAGUACUAUGAUAGGACUUGUUGGUGGAGUUUUCGAAGGUAUUGGUAAGUAAAUUCUGAGAUAAAUUAUUUAUUUAAAUUGUAUAUAAUGUACAGCAGUUAUAAUAUGUUUAAGAAAUUUUUGUUAUAGGUGUAUCUAUGGGCAGUUUUCUAGGUGGAUAUUUAUUCAAAGUAUAUCAAGGUGCUCAAACAUUCAGACUAUAUGCAUACGGUUCUGCAUUAAUGUGUACAAUUCAUUUAUUGUAUCAAUAUGUACUGAAAUCUAAUGGAAAGUUAAGCUUACCUAGUAAGUAGAAUUGUAAUAUCAAAAUUUAACUUAAAAUUAGCUAGUUCUAAUAGCAGAACCUUAAAAAUAUUUGAAAGUAGAUCCCAAUUCAGAUGCUUUAUUUUAAAAACUAUAAACAACUGAAGCCUCUGUUAAUUAAAAUGGUGAUGUUUGGUUUUAAAAUGUUUAAAAUAAAACACUGAUUAUAAAUUGUAAUUACAAUCUUUAUUUAGAGAUAAUUUUAUUUGCCCUCAGAUAACAUAAUACACAUAGGUAACUCAAAUAACUAAUGAAAGAUUUUUAAGCCAUUAGACUGUAGUUCCAACUGAAAAUAACUGGUUAUAGAAUCGAACUAUUGGGUAUUUCAUAUUUAGGUAAAAUUGUGCAAAUAUAAAUAACUAUAUUAUAAUAACAAUAAUUUUAUUUACAGAAAUUAAUUUCAAAAUUAAAAAAAAUAAAUUGACAGUGUAUAUGGUAAUGUUGUAAGAAAUAAUCUAUUAAUAUUAAAUAAUAAAACUAAAUUGAACAUUUAAAUUAUCAUACUAAUGAAUUGUUAUUACUAACUUAGAAACAUAAAUUAAACAAUGAGAAAAUAGUAAUAAUAAGUAAUUAUAUCGUAAUAUGUAAAAUUAUAUGAGUCUAAAUGAAGCAUAUAAGUACAUAAGUACUCUGUAUUUCAUUUAAUAAUACACACAAGUUAAAAAUAAAAAUACUAACUUGCUUUAUUGAAGAAUUUUUAAUAUAUGGUUUAUUUUCCUUGUAUUUAUAGGCUUUUAAUUUUUAAAUUAUUAUAACGCUAACAAUUAUUAUAACACGUUCAAUUAUUUUUAAAACAAUAUAAUAUAAUAUUGUAUAUUACAAUAAUUUCACUCUGUUUAUUUAUACAAUUAUUAUUAAAUCGCAUACAAACCAUUGAAUUUCACAUAAAACAACAAAAUUAUCACGAGUUCAAACUUUGAAAGUCAAUAAUAAGAGUGCAUUCAAUUAUUUUUACAGAAUUAUUGUAUAUUAUUACUAAUUAGUAUAUAAUAUGAUUCAAUAAGUACUCAUUCUUAAAUUUAAUUAUUUAUAUUAUACAGUUUUUUAUUUGAUAUCAAUGAUAUUCAAUAUUCAAUGCAAAAGUUUUCAAUAAUUGACUCGUGAUGUUUCUGCGACCAUUCACAUAAUACAUAUGUAUAUUACAAUAAUUGUAAUAUAUUUUAUUAUUAGAAAACUUAUAAAGUAAAUUUUUAUAAACAUUUGUUUUUCCAGGUUUUGUAAGUGGCUCAACAGAAUAUGCAAGUCCAAAUGAAGCUAUUCACAUGUUGAGUGAUAAUUAAUUUACAUCUCUCUCAACGUUCCUACUUUUUUGUUUUAUCUCAUAAUUUAAACAAAUUAAAGGGAUGAAAUACUUAAUUUAUAUCAAAAUGAACCUAAUCUACUUUUAUACAAUAUUAUUAUUGGGUUAUUAUAAACUUAUUGGAUUGGGUGAAUAUUGAAUUUUUUUAAAUUUAAGUAUUGUUGUACAAAUGUUGAAAUAUCAUUAUUGAUAGUUAAUUAAUUCAUUUAUUUAUUUAGAUGUAAGAAAAAAAAGUAUCUGGACAAAAUAUACUGAAGUAAAGUAUCUGUGAAAUAUACAGCAUUAAUUCUGUUAUUGUCUUCGUAUUCCAAAGAUAUACUAUGUAUUUGCUUAAAUUAAUAAGGAAUAUAUGUCUUUUAUAUUAACAGUUUGUAAUGUAUACAAAUAUGUUAAGCUAUGUACAUAUUUAUAAACAACAUACAUACAUCAUUUGAUAACCGAUGGAACAUGUAAACUCCAUUGGGUCUCUCCUUAUAUAGUGUUUUGUUGUAUGAGUAUUUUUUGCGUGCACUUUCCUUUAUAUAUGAAUCUGAAAAAUAUUUUUUUUUUGAAGUUAUAUUGUUUUCUUUUGUUUGAAUAUAUUUUAUUUAAAUUAUAUAGGUAUUGUAGUUUAAAUUAAAAGUAUUGAUCUGACCUGUUAACUUAUUGUUUAUCGUUUAUACAUUUUGUCCAAAUGCUUUUUAUAAUGUUUUAAUAUUUUUAAUUUAAGUUUUUAUAGGUAGGUAAUUAUUUUAUUUUUGUCUAAACUAUAAAAUAACAAAUUAUUUUAUACAAACAUUUUUAAUAAUUUAUAAGUCCACAAUUAAUUAUAAACAUUACAGAUUUGUUUUUUAUUCUAUAAAUUUGUAUUAAAAUUACGUUUGAUAAUGCAGAAAUAGAUAAUGUGAUUUGUAAAUCAAGAUCUUACUGAAUAAUGUUUAUUCAUUAUCACAGUCUAUGCAAUUCUUGAACAAACUUCUUCUUAUUACCUAUUUCCCUAUUGUCAGUAUAAAUUAAUAACAAUUUUACAUUUUUAAGGGAAGUCUAUCAAGUAAAGCUUUAAUAAGAAUAAAAAAAAAUUAAUUAUAUUUAUAAAAAAAUAAAACUCCUUAUUAAAUAUAUUUUAUAUUAGUUUCAGUAUUUUUUUUAUUUUACUACAAUUUUUAUAAAAAUUAUAAUGGAAAAUUUGAACUAUUUAGAACAAAACUGAGCAUUUUUUGUUACACUCAAAAGUAUUAUUCAGGACAAAAAAAAAUAGUUAAAAAUACCUCGCUCUAAAAACUAAAAUUGUGCAACAAGAAUAUUUUAAUAGUUUUUAUAUGUUGUAAUUUGUUUAUUGAUAUUAUUUUAGUAUCUAUAGUAUUAUAUUUACAAAUACCAAUUAUUAAUACAUAUUAUUAUAGUUAUAUUAAUGUUUAUUGUGUUAUAAUUAAAAAUUGCCUAUAUUUAAUUUAAAUGUUAUUCUACAGUUAUUUUAUUAUUUUUUAACAACCUGUCAAUUAUUUAAUAACAAUACUACUUAAAUUUUUUUAAUCAUUCAGUAUUCACCCAAAAAGAUUAAUUAUUAAGUUUAAUUUAUAGUUUUAAUGUUCAUGAUUUGUUUGUAUACUAUUAUUUUUUUCUAUUUUGUAAAAUGUAAAUUGUUGUAGUUGUGGUUUAAAACGGUGCUAUUGAAAAUGUCUGUAAUUCACUGGAAUCAUGGAAUCAUUAAAUAUUUACAGGGGUAUUUAAAAGACAAACACAAAGUUAAUUUGUAUUUAUUUAUAAUUUAAUAAUUACUUUUGAUUGAUUUAAGUAACCUAUUAAAACUUAGGUGUUUGAGUAUUUUUGGUGAUAUAUUUUUGGUGAUAUAAAAUGUAAUUUGAACACACAAUAAUCAGUAUAGAAACCUAUAUUUUAUGUUUAUGAUACAUUUUGUUCUUUAGUAUUUAAUGUUAUUUUUGAAUAAUAAUAAAAAAGUCUAUGAUGAAAGUUAUGUUAGCAAUUACUGUACUUUUGAAAGACAUUUUGUAAAUCCUAGUGAAAUAUAGAUGAUUUAGUGUUACAAUUUAAAAAAAUUACAGGGCCUCUCAAACUACUCCUACAAUUUAAUUGUUGAACAUUUAUAUUAUGUACCUGUUUAAUUAAAAAUAAUUUUUAAAUGAAUAUUCAAAUAUUUCAC